AUGAGUACAACAUUAGAAAAAGGACAGACCAUCAAUUUCUAUAAAGCGACCAUGCCGAUUAUUCUUUCUGUAUUUGCCAUAUACCUGACAAUAGGAAUUGCUUUGGGCGCGCUUCCGAAAUUUGUCCAGAACAAUUUAGGAUUCAAUAGCCUGAUCAUAGGGCUUGUGAUCGGACUUCAGUCGCUGGCAACACUGGUGACCCGGGCUUACUCCGGAAAGAUAACAGAUACAAAAGGUGCGAAAAAAAGCAAAAUGUCAGGAGUUAUACUCUCUAUCAUCGCCGGAGUGACCUAUAUUAUUGCCGUUUCAUGCCAGUCUUCUCCUUUGUUGGCACUGGGUUUCCUGCUGCUUGCGAGAAUCAUUCAUGGGGUAGGCGAAAGCUUCCUUGUUACAGGAGCUUUAACGUGGGGAAUCGGGCUGGCAGGCCAUCAGAGUUCAGGAAAAGUAAUGACCUGGAAUGGUAUUGCCAUGUACGCAGGCAUUGCGAUCGGAGCCCCGUUAAGCAUCUGGCUGAGUAAAGCUGGAUUUCUACAGCAAAACUUCCGGCAGUUCCGAUUUGGAGGCUUCAGAGUGGCUUUUGUCUCACUGAUUAUUGAAGCAGCAGGGCAGAUGAUGAUCUGGACUUCAGGAUCAAAAGAAAUGGCGAUCAUAGGAUGCGGACUGACAGGGAUAGGGUUUUCGCUGAUUUUCCCGGCAUUGGGGGUAUUGGCUAUCCAGAAAGUAAAACCACAGAUGAGAGGAACAGCUUUGGGUGCCUAUGUAGCUUUUGUUGAUCUUUCAUUGGGAUUGGCAGGUCCGGCUGCGGGUCUUGCCGCAGGAUGGUUUAAUUAUCAGACGGUUUAUCUCUUCGGUGUAAUCUGCUGUAUCCUCUCUAUGAUCAUCUUA